AUGGAGAUUAAGUUUCUCGAGCUUAAGCAAGGUAAUAUGUCUGUAGCUGAAUACGAAACCAAAUUCAUUGAAUUUUCAAGGUUUGCGCCGUAUCAAGUCGAUACAGAUGAGAAGAAAGCAAGACGUUUCCAGCAAGGUUUGAAGCCUUGGAUUCAAAGCAGAGUUGCUGUUUUCGAAAUUACAAGUUAUGCAACCUUAGUACACAAAGCGUGUAUUGUUGAAACAAGUGGAGAAUUGACUGCCAAGGAAAGAAAUGAAAAGAAGAGAAAAGCCCUACACACUCACCCAAAGUUUGAAAAGAAACCUUGGAACUUCAAUAAUAAGAAACCUUUUGUGAAAAAGGAGAUAUCACCAGUAGAGAAUAGUCAGAAGCCUAGGUCUUCACAAACUGCAAAUGUGCUACAAGGAAGAACCCCAUUCCCCGAGUGUAAAACUUGUGGAAAGAAACACCCACCCCCAUGCCAUCAAGAAUCUAAAACCUGCUAUAGUUGUGGAAAGAAAGGUCACUACGCAUCAAGCUGCAAGGAGAAGGCGGUCAUAUGUUUCAGUUGUGGAAAGAAAGGGCAUAUGGCAAGGGAUUGUCCACAAUCCCAGAAGGAAAGUUCUACACCAAAGAUUAAUACACCACUUGAGGGCAAGACCACUAAGCCUACUGCACGGACUUUCAAUAUGACUCUGAAUGAAGCCAUGGUUGAUAACAACGUCAUAUCGGGUACACUUUCUGUAAACUCUUUGAAUGCCUGUGUGUUAAUUGAUUCUGGAGCAAGUAGAUCUUUUAUAUCUGUUUAG